GGCACUUUAGGGUAACAGACGAUGAUAGGGCUCUUGCUGCUGCUAGUGAUCGGCAUCUCGGCCGCUGGGGCUAGCGCUGGCGCGGCAACGGCAUCGCAAACAAAUGCAGAGGUAACUUAUGGCAGCGUGAUCAAGCUCCAACAUGAUCGGACUAAGUAUCGACUACAUUCUCACGAUGUUCCUUACGGCUCUGGCAGUGGACAACAAUCAAUUACUUGCUACUCGGGUCACGAUUCGAAUAGUUACUGGAUUGUAAGGCCGAAAGGAAGAUCCAGCUUUCGUCAAGGGGAUGUUAUAGCAGACGGGGCCGUGAUCCGCUUGCAACAUAUGCGAACACGGAAAUGGCUUCACAGCCAUCUCUUGCAGUCUCCCAUCUCAGGAAACCUUGAGGUGAGUGGCUUCGGUGGGGACGACAACAGUGAUACAGGAGAUAAUUGGAAGCUUGAGAUAGAUGGCAAGGCUAACGUAUGGCUAAGGGACCAGAAAGUGCGUUUGCUCCAUCUAGAUACGAAUGGGUAUCUUCAUAGCCACGACAAGAAGUACAACCGGAUAGUUCCUGGCCAGCAGGAGGUCUGUGGUGUGCGCAAGAAAUCAAGCGACAGCCUCUGGCUAGCAGCCGAGGGUGUUUACUAUCCCGCAACUAAGAUCAAGGCAUCAUCGGCCUAAGCAGAGAGAAAGAGAACGAAGAAACCUGGACUUUUGCUCGAUAUGGUGGAUUUAUUUCUCCUCGAGGAAUUCUUUGGAUGAUGAUAUUUGCUGGUUUCGAUGCUACAGUGCUUAGAUUUUCGUCAUCAAGUGGUCCGGACAUCGGAAUUUUUUUUUUCUUUGGCGACCACCAACCUUUCUGACUUUGCGGGUAUGUAAUUUUUAUAUGACACCAUUAGAUGGAGUUCAAAGGUUUCAAGUGGAGACUUUGUGGCUUUGACACUGUGAUCGUGGAUCACAGCCAAACACGGAGUACGCCGUCGCUAAGCUGCGGUUUCUAAUUCUAAGAUCUGGCACGCCCGUUUUUCCGUGCACUGAUUUAAUGAUCCAUCACCAAACUGUGAUUGCUGGCUCAAA